ACGGACGAGAAGCGUAUUCUUUCGGUAUUGGCGUGCUUUUUUUUUUUUUGGACUCAGGUAUUGGCGUACUUCAUCCAGUCGCAAAUUCGUCGAGAGAAUUGAACACGAUGGCUGAAGAAUCCCAGCGUCCGAUCAGGCUGAUGAAUUUCGUCUCAGAAGAUCAAUUGGCUGAAUCUAAAAGAACAAGGGGUGAAAGACUUGAAGACGGCACUGCCCAAAGGGAUAGACCCCUCUACGAGAUUCUAAAGGAGAAUAAGGACAAGCGGGAUGCAGAAUUUAAUGAACGGUUCAAACAUAGACCACCUAAAGCUUUAGAUGAAGAUGAGACUGAGUUUCUUGAUAAAUGGGAAAUGACUAGGAGAGAAUAUGAACGACAAGUGGCAGAUGACGAAGCCCAACAAAUCCAGAGUUUUCAAGCAGCAGUGGCAGCACAGUCCAAUAUUGUACAUGAACUUAAGCAAGGAGCACCUCGUCCUGUUUUCCAGGAAGAGAGGCCUUCCGGAAAGAAAAAUCCAGCACCUCGUUCAUUAGGCAUGAUUAUUAAAGUCAAGCCCCAGGCUAAAAAAGCCCGGGUAGACGCAGGAAAUGCAGAAGCAGCUUCAAAAGUAGGCACUGAUAAGCAUGAAUCUUCAGAGCCAGCGCAACCCUUGAACGGUGAAGCUGCGAAGUCCUGUGAAGUUGCCCAGUCUGGGCUCGUCUCGUAUAGUGAUGAAAGCGAUGAUAACGACGACUAGUUGUUUUAUUUUUGUUUCCAGUGGGGUUAUGUUAUUUUAACUAGUUUUUUCAUAUGUCCUAUAAAUGUCCCUUUCUGCAUGA